AUGAGCCCCUACAUCUUAGCCAUUCUACUAUUUAGCCUAGGCCUAGGAACUACGAUUACAUUUUCGAGCACUCACUGACUCCUCGCCUGGGUAGGCCUUGAAAUUAACACCCUUGCGAUACUUCCUCUGAUAGCGCAGAAUCACCAUCCCCGAGCAGUUGAAGCGGCCACCAAGUACUUCUUAAUUCAAGCAAGCGGCGCUGCCGUACUACUUUUUGCCGGCGUUAUCAAUGCUUGACUCACAGGACAAUGGGACAUCCACCAGGCCGCCCACCCUCUCCCUAUCGCCAUUAUUACUCUCGCCCUUUCCCUCAAGCUAGGGCUCGCCCCCCUCCACUCAUGGCUGCCCGAGGUCUUUCAAGGAUUAAACUUGACCACCAAUCUUAUCUUGGCCACUUGGCAGAAACUGGCCCCUCUCGCCUUAAUACUUCAAAUUCAACCCCCACACUCCUCCCUUCUAAUCUUUCUUGGCCUCAUGUCUACCCUCGUAGGGGGAUGAGGAGGCCUAAACCAAACCCAGCUCCGGAAAAUCUUGGCCUACUCCUCUACUGCCCAGCUUGGAUGAAUGAUUCUUGUUGUCCAAUUUUCCCCCUCCUUAACCACCCUCGCCAUCCUCGUGUACGUAAUUACAACUUCGGCAACUUUCCUGACCCUUAAGCUAAACAAGGCCACCAACAUCAACAUGCUGGCUAUUUCCUGAGCCAAAGCCCCUGCACUCAUGGCCUUAACCCCCCUCGUGCUUCUAUCCCUCGCUGGACUGCCCCCCAUGACAGGAUUCAUACCCAAGUGACUUAUCCUACAAGAGUUAUCCAAACAAGGACUUCCUGCCACCGCCACAAUCACCGCACUUACUGCCCUCCUCAGCCUCUACUACUACCUUCGCCUUACUUACGCCAUGACAUUAACUAUGUUCCCCAACAACAUCACGAGCACCCCUCCUUGACGUCUUCCUUCCGCCCAACUUACACUCCCCCUUGCCAUCUUAGCCCUUGCCGCUAUUUCUCUCUUGCCCCUCACUCCAGCUGCAAUGGCACUAGUCGCCCUUUA